GUUUUAGAAGACCUUCUUGAACGGAAGGUCUCGUGGCAGCGUGUCCAGCGUGUGCAGCGUGAUGAUGUUGUCACGCAACGAACGAUCCGCCACGCCAAUGCGAAGCCCAUACCUGACACGUAAGGCAACGCACACAAACACACAGACACACAGACACACAAACACACAGGCAGAAGGAAACGGGAUCAGAGACCACCUUGAUGCGUCUUGUCUUGUCUGUCUUGUUUGAUGCUGUGUUGUGUCUCUCCCAGGUCUUCCAAUGCAAAUCCGUCAUCGACUGUCCACUGACCAUUUCAGUCAGCCACAAGGCAGAUACCACGGAAAGAAAACCAACCAGGCAUCAGACACCGCCACACUGGCAUCCCUUCUGUCUGUUGGUUGGUUGGCCGUCUCCGGUAGUCAGUCGUCCUUGCAAAAGUAAAAGUACCUUUAGUCGUCCAUCCUUAAACCUCUCACAUCGGUCACUUGGCACCAGCCUGGUUGUUUCGGAUCUUGGCCAGCUUGGUCAGGUCGAACUCGAUGUAGAGGGGGAAGUGGUCCGAGGGAUUUUCACCCUGCGACACACACAUACACACAUACAGACACAGAGACAGGGACAGAGAAAGAGAGAGAAGAGGGAGGGAGGAAUUCGUUGCUUGCAAUGAGCACUUGUUGGCUGCGUACUCACCCUCCCGAUCCACUCGUCCUUUUUGAUGGGAUACCGCGGCGGCUCGAUGAAGGGCAGGUGCGCGUCUUUGUAGGCCGCUCCGUGGUUGAGCGGCUGCACUUUCGUAAUGGCAUUCCAGAGGUUCUGGCUCACCUGAAUGCCACAACCAACGAACACUUCAGGUAGUCAUCAAAGCAGCCGGCCGUGCGGUUUACUUACGAGUAUGUGGUCGAGGAGGGAACGCUUUCCACUCCACGUGUAGCUGCAGAUGGAUGCCAGACAAUGAAGGAGGCGCAUGUGCUCGCUGCCCGCAGCAAGCUGUGUUUGCGGCUUAGAUGCGGUGAAGGUUGAGCAAUUAGGUACCUAAAUUUGCGCCACGUCUCCACUCCUCCGUAUUUGGCGGACUUGCCGAUUGCGUUGGUGAGCUGGUGGUUGGUCUUGAAGCGCUGGCUGUGGGCGCCGUACUUGAUGAUGGGAAACACCCAUGAGGUAGCCCAAGGCUUUACACACACACACACACACACACACAGACACACACACACAGAGAGAGAGAGAGAGAGAGGCAUUGGUAUGCUGCGGCGAGUCUUUUCUUUCAUGUCUCACCGAUUCCUCCUCGUCACUAAGGCUGGUGGCCAGCUCGAGAAAUGAUUCAUUUCCAGCAGCGAGCGGCCCAGGUAGCAUGAACUCCUCCUCAGGUUCUUCUUUCUCAUGCUCUCUGACAUACAACACAACACAACACAGCACAGCACAGCAGAGUACGACAUUGCCUCCCUUCGUAGUCAGUCCACUGACAGUGGUGACGCUCGGGCAGCCCUCCCAGCUUCAGCCUUUUUCGCAGCUUCCUUUGCCGUCUUCUUCUGUUUCUUCUGUUUCUUGGCCGCUGCUUAAACCGCUGCUUCAGCCGCUCUUUUCUCCUGCUUCUCCUGCUUCUCCUUCUCUUUCUGCAACUUUGCCUCUAGGUCUGCCUGCUCCUUUGCCUCAAUCUUCGCGACCGCCUUGUCGUAGUCAAUGGUCUCUUUGACCUUGGCCAGGUACUCCUGAGGCCACGCAUCGCACGUGGCAAGAAAGGCAGACGGCGGAUCGUCACAUACAAAGAAGUGUUCGGUGUUAGUCGAAGCCUUCCAUUGGCAGCUCGUACGGGUGCGUCGCGUUUUCCUUCUCCUGGUGUCGUGCAUCACGCGUAGAGGGCUGCUGAUCGUCGUAUUCAUUGAAGUCGCCCUGCAGAGGGUGACACACAGAUGUGUUGAAGAGCAGACAAGGCAUGGUGGCGCUGCUUCCAUUUCGUGGGCAAGUGAGGUACCAUGAUGAUGAUCUCAUGGUCUCCCGGGACAGAUGUCGCUGGAUGACAGACACAGAGACACAAGUAUCCCGAUGUCGACAGGUGUUGCAUGUUGCUGCAGCUAUGUGUGCUACUGACUCGAUGAGCUGAUCGAGCAGGACGGCUUCGACCUCUCGAUACAUACACGCGGACUGGCCUGCAAACGUAGACACACAGACACACAUAUCCAAAGGUCCGUUCGCCUUCCCUCUUGAGUUCAGCUGCUGUGUGUGCAUACUUGUGGGGAUGCUCUUAAGGUGGACGGUGAGUAUGGUGAACGGGAUGCCCUUGACGUUGGCGUCCAUGCGGGCGACUUUGUUGAGUCCGAUGCCUUCCGGCUCUUCUUUGUAGUUGAAUUCCCUGCCGAAUUCGACGCCGCUGAACUGGCAGGGACAAUUGGCAGAUCGAUCCACCUUCGGUGCCCUCCGCCUCGACCAAUCUCUGGCUAGUGGGCCUUGUCAUGUCCCACCUUUUGGCACAGGGGGUUGACUGUCGCAAAGGUCAGCGGAGCGACACUCAUGCAUAUGGCAAAGGGGCGCAUGCGUGACUUAUGUGUGUACGUGGUUGUGAUGGGUUCGACUGGAUUAAUUCUGCUGAGAAAGCCCACUUGCUGGUAGACGUGGAAGUCGUUCCCGGUGAUGUGAUAGGGACCUUUAGUUAAAGUCAUGCACGGCAAUGCCGAACACAUGCCCAGGACAAUGCAGAAGGGACAAACACGUGCAGCAUGGGUAGCCAUACGUAUACGCGUUUGAGCGAUUGUUGCAUUUGUAUGGAGACACGGCCAUGUGUACACCUGCAUACCGAAGCCCUUGCGAUCGAGGCCCGACAGAUCCAACAAGUCUCUAAAGACGUGGCAGCCGUCGAUCUGCAUGACAUACGCACAAACACAUCCACACGAAACAGCGCGCGAAGCGCAUUACAUACGCAAGGCCUCACCUCUGACAGCGAGAUGACAUCCAGGCCGUCUCCGUGCUCCUUGGUGAUGUUCGUGUUAAAGUAGCUGAGCCAGCUCGCCACGUCGUUGAUCCGGUUCCACUGUCAUUGCCGCAGUACAACAAAGCACUGUACUUGGCAUUUGCAGCUGAUUGAUGCAUGCUUACCUGAUUGAUGCAUGUCACGCCCUGGUUUUCGGAUGUGCCCUUGCUGACGUCCUUGGCGAACUUCUGCACUUGGGAGGCGUACUGUAUCACUUCCACGCGUCCGGCUUUUGCGCAUUCCCGCCGCGCGACUGUUGGUGCUUCGUCUUCGGUCUUUUCCCGUCAGCUGGGUGCUCGAAUUCGGGUGUCUCGAUGCAGUCAGCGAUGUUUUGCCAGAAGACUGGGCACUGAUAUACCUCGUUUUUCAGCUGCUCGUCCUCAACCUGCCUGCUGGCGCGAAGGGACGCGGGCGAGAACAUCCACUCGACAUUCUGCGCCGGGAACACAUGCUAGGGAACACAUGCACAGUCAGGAGUGUCGCACAUUCUGCACCACUCGAACCCAGUGCAAAAUUCGGAGUUUGUCAUCGGGUUUCUCGUAUUCCGAGGGCCGCUCUUGUUGUUCUCGGGGCAUUCCUGCUUGGGCGGUUUGGGCAGCUCCGGCCUCUCUUCGAGGGCGCAGGAGUGCUCAAUUGUUUCGGCGGACGAAAGGCAGACCAGAAAGGCCGAGGCAGCCGCGAGAAGAAAAACAGGGGCGCUUGACAUCAUCAUGGGUUCCG